AUGGGUGCGAAAGAAAGGUGCCAUCGUCUUGAGCGCGAAUGCCAUCCCGCCGAUCCUCUAUAUCGCCGCAACGGUAAAAAGCAAAACUCUCCAAGUGCACGUAUCGCGCAGCUUGAGGGCACCGUAGGCCACCUAGUCUCGCUUCUUAAGACGGGCAAUGUCAACGUGGACGUCGACAUCCACGGCGACAGAGUCGAUGGAUGGUCGCAGGAACAGCAGGAGCAGCAGCGGCAAUCACCACACCAGCAACAAACCUCCCCCAUCAUUCCAUCCCCGGACGAUGCGAUCACACAGAGGACCCAAGGGGGUGGCAAUUCAGAGGACUUGCGCGCAGCUUUUAUCGGCGAAAACAAAAGUGAUGCCGCUACCAACGCUGACGGUGUCUUUACUUCUUGGUGGGCGAUGGACAAUGCGAACAGCAUGCCUCGCGACACCCCGCAGUCCUCUGCUAUAUCAGGCGCAUUCAUGUCACCCGUCGUAUCUCCUUCGACUGCAUCAAUCUCUCUUGAUACGUUUCGGUCGCGUAUGCUACACCAUUUCCCCUUCGUUCAUUUGCCAACCCGCGUCACGGCAGAACAGCUGUGGCAAGAUAGGCCUUUUCUGUUCCGUGCCAUUGUUUGCGUGACAUCGGUAUCGACUGAAGACAAGAGGGCAAGCUCCUUCGAGCUGAAGCGGUUGCUUUACGAGACGGCAUUUCUUCAACAAGAAAGGCAGCAACCACAACACCAAACCGUUGAUCUACUUCUAGGUCUACUUGUCUACAUUGCGUGGGGUUGGGAGCAUCUUCACAGCUAUUGCAGUCUUUCUCGACUCAUGGCUGUGGCUACAUUGCAACUCAAGGGUUUGCUGUUUCUGGACCAAGCAGUACCAGAAAUCACGCGCACGGUACGCCCCUUCGAAACAAACGGCAGCUUGAAUGAGGUGAACGGCACCUGGAUGGCGACUCCGGAGAUAACGACGGGGACAACCGGUGCCGUUGCGACCGAUAACCAGUUCUACCUCGAAUGCCAGCGAGCCAUUCUGGGCUGCUUUGUGCUUGGGUCGACCGUCUCAGCCCACUUCCCCCAUAUUGAUGCCCCACGAUGGAUACCUCAGAUGGAUGAGAGCCUUGCUGCCAUUAUCGCUAGCGGCCACAGCGCCGCCACAGAAUUUGCUUCUGAUGCUGCUCUAUCAAUUCAGGUCCGCCUGCAGCUGCUGGCUAUGAAAGCCGCCCAGGUCCGGGAGCGAGCUCAACUCCCCGACCAGCCCCCACCGGAUAGUCUUUCAUUGCAGGCUCUCUUAUACAUCAAACGCUCGAUGGCGCAGCUUCAAGAGCUCAGGGUUUCUAUACCCCCAGCAUUUCAGCAGCAUUUCAUCAUCCUCGCUCAGACAUAUUACACGGAGAUGUGCAUUAUCGAGUCCAUCCAUGCCCAGGAGUCCACUCACUCACCACCCCCGACAUGUGGGCCUACGCGCAUCUCUUGCCUGUGGCAGUCGGCACUGGCGAUCAAGUCGUACACGUCAACAUUUCUGACCAUCUCGCUACCCGGUCUCCUUGGCGUAUCUUUUAUCCAGUGGACUCAGUUGUCACGGUGCUUGGCUACUUUGCACAGACUCAGCACGCUCCGGGAGCCUGGUUGGGAUCUAGCCACUAUCCACAGGCUUGUUGAUCUGCCCAUGCUGCUAUCCAGCACGGCAGACAGGCUAGAGCUCGCUGCAGCUGCAGCUGGCGAGCAGCCAGCGUCAGCCGACGGCAUAUUCACGCAACUGGCCAGCAGUCUACGCAAGUUUCAGCCGACUUAUCAAGAGAGAGGACCUCUAACCCAACAAGAAGACGCACGGAGAGCAAAAAUAUCAGGAGAUAAAGCAGGAAGCAGAACAGAUGAUGAUACGGCUCAAGUAGCAGCUACAGAAGCAGAUAAAGAUGUGUUAGCACAUGGCCAUCAUGCAGAAUUCUUGAUGAGUCCCACGUCAUGGCUGGAUCAGUUUUUCGUGGACUAUGAAGGUCAAACGAGCUUUACUCUGUAG